UAAUGAAUUCAAUGCUAUAGAAUGCAGCCCCACUCACAUACUAAAUUCACAGAUUUACUCUUACUUCAACCCUUAUUUUUUUUAUCUGACUCACUUCACAUGACAAUCCUGCACCAUGCACCAACCAAAGGAAUCUCACAUAUUUAAUAAAUAAAUCAAACCUUUCUCUCUGUUUCUCUCUCUGUUUACUCUCUCCCUCACUAUUCCACUAUUGUAAACUCCAUUAAGAAAAAAAAAAUCACUCUUUUCUUUUCUCUACCCUUCUUUCUCUCUCUGUCUCUCUCUGUAUACUGGCUCUCCCGACCAUGGAAGCUUUCACCUUGCUCAAAUACUGGAGAGGCGGUGGCGCUCUCGGACUUCCGCCUUCCUCCGACACUCCUUCACGCGCCGCCCCCACCACCACUAUCCUCACCGCCGUCGAAAACGAAAAUGCAACCGAAAGCGACGAAGACAACGACAACGACGACGACGGCCCCUUCUUCGACUUAGAGUUCACCGUUCCCGACGAAGACGCUAACGAAAAUACAAACGGCAACAACACCCGAGAAGACGGCGAAGACGAAGACGAAGAAGAAGAAGAAGAUAUUAACCUCGAAGAAUCAGACGGCGAGAGAGAGUUUAAGUUUACUCUGUCCCCUUCCAGCAACGAUCGUAGUGAUCCCAACCUUUCGCUGUCUCCGUCGGAGGAUCUGUUUUUCAAGGGAAAGCUGCUGCACGUGGACCCUUCCUCUUUCUCCUCCGAACCUAACUCCAAGCCUCAGUUCACCGCCUCCCUUCUAAAAUCCGCCACCAAAUUCCGCGUCUUCAUGCUGGGCCUCAAGAAGCCCAAGCCCACUGACAAAGACAAGGACUCCAACGCCACCACCAACAACAACGUUUUCGAUUCCGCAAAUCCAGAGGCCCACAAAGACAAGAAGCACUUCACCGUCAAAUUCAAAGUGGAAGAGGUCCCCAUCGUCUCUCUCUUCACCUCCAAAGGAAACAACAAAACCCAAAAACACACUUCCAACGAACAACCACCGCCGUCCGAAGAGAAGCGUUUCUCCAAAGAAGUCGUGCAAAAAUAUUUCAAAAUGGUUAAGCCUCUCUACGUCAGAGUCUCCCGCCGCUACGCCGACAAGCUCACCUUAAACUCCGCCGCUAAAUCACCUCUUCCAACGCCCACGGCCGAACCCGAACCUGUUGUCCCCGCCGCCGCCGAAACUAACCUCAAGACAACUCAAACACAAAAACUAUCCGCAGGGCUUAGCGUCGUGUGUAAACAGUUAGGGAAAAGCCGCUCGGCGUCUUCGGCUGUGGCGGCGGCUCCGCCGCCAUUUGUGUCUUCGAAGCGGCGCGAUGAUUCGCUGUUGCAGCAACAGGAUGGAAUUCAGGGUGCCAUUUUACACUGCAAGAGAUCCUUCAAUGCCUCCAGAGCCGUGUUUGUUUGUACUUUGUGGAAACAGAGUGCGAGUCUUCUCAGCUUCCGCGUUCGGUGAGCCAUCCAUCGCACGAGAUAUCCAUGAAUGAAGGCAAUGAGAAGCGCCUUUCGACAUGAUAAAAGAAAUGUUGGUUCCUUUCGAGUGUCACCACCGGCGGUGUCAGUGUAAAAAGGAGAAUGUUAUUACUUAGAUUAGAUUAGAUUUUACACUACAAGGAAGUGAAAAAAAGAAAAGAAAAGAAAAGGUAAAAGGAGAGUGGUGGGGCUCCAUGAUUUGUUCAGAUGAAUGAAGCUCGUCACCCAUUAGCUUAGUGACUCUCUUUUUUCUUCCUUGGUAGUGUAAACUGUAAAGCUCUUUCCGAUAAAGCGAAAGAAGAAACAGAGCUUUUCCGUGUAUGUUUCUCUUGGACGUAUCUCUAUGUAUCUAUGUAAUGUAGCUCUAGCCAGGCCACAUCAAAUACCACCCUAAAUCUACUCCUCCUGUACAAAUUGUUUUCCUUUACUUUGUGGGUACCAUUGACUUCCUUCCUUA